AUGAGUGAUCUUGGAAGUAGACUAGGUCCGCAAGGACGAGCCCUACUACAUGGCGGAGAAAGCGACUAUCCCAAAGCUACUCCUCAGGAGUUGGACUUUCUCAUCAACGAUUUGAGAUUCCCCAAACCAGGUACAACCAUUCAAACAGUGCUUGGUUACUUGUAUAAUUAUAUUCCGUACAUUAAGCACGAGCACAACUUACGACUCGUAAUUGCCAGCUUCUUGAACAACCCAUUAUGUUUUGGCCAUCAAGCUCCUCCCAUGGAGCAGAACUAUCUCAUCUUAGAAGUUUUCAAAUUGAUCACAGACAAAAAGUUGAAAAUCUCCCAGCCCACCUUGACAAUUAGGAAUUACUACGAAGUCAUAUUGACAGAAUUGACUAAUUUUGUGUCCUUCAAUCCAACUGCGAAUUCGUGGAAGAUUUUGCCUAUUUUGUCUGGAUUAUUUCUUUCCAACGAACUAAGAGAUCAACUCUAUACAGAAGUCAGCUAUCUAGACUAUGGCUGGUUUUUCAGUGAUUGGGAUAACAAAGCCAAAUCUCUUUUCAAGAAAGCUCUUGGCCUCAGUAUUUCUCCUUCUCAUUCCGAUAACAUAAUCAACUUGAGUUUGUUGAGUUUUGCUGUGAUAUUCAAGAAAACUGAAAAUGUAGAAGAGUAUUCAGGACAAGUACCCAGCUCAUUUAUAAUCCCCAAACUAGUGGAACUUAUAAUUCUCAACCCGGAAGACUCAUCUGCUGUAAUUUUUAAGUUUUUCCAUCUUGACCCCAGAGAUACUCAGAGUAUGGACAUUAUCCAAAAGGAAAUAUCUCAGAAACCAGUAAUAAAACACAUUAACAAGCUCUCAUUCUUGUUGGAAGCAUACUUCCAGACUUUGAAGCUUGACAGCUCGUCUUUUGAAAUAGUCAUGGAUUCACUUUUGAAAAUUCUAGACUUCAACAGACGUUUGUGCCACAACACGCAGUCGUCUUUAUUCAACUCUAAGGGAAGCACUUUGGAUGCAAAUCCAGUUCAUCUGGUCUUCUGGAGAUCAUUAAAGUCUUUAUUAUUUUCUGAAAUUAUCAUAUUUCAAGGUAUAUUAACGAGAUUCUUUUCUGCUUCUAGACCUAGCUUUUUUAAUCUAUUUGGAAGAAGAGAUUUGGGUAGGUUUGAAUCACAGUACAAGCAAAUUGCCUUGAAGAUUUUGCACAGCUUGUACUAUGUUCACUUCGUAAUGUUGUCAAUUGGACAAGGAGGCUUCGACAGCUAUAAUUUCGUAUACUAUUUAACAUCUGAAUUGGCACACAAUUCAGGCAUCGGCUUUGAAAAUCUCACCAUGUCUUUGAUUGGAGACUACAGAGAAGUGAACCUUUACCCAGAUGUGAUAAAUUCAGAUUAUAUUGCUGCAUCAAAAGUACUUUUUGUCUUAGGGUUGUGGGAAAAUUAUCUACAACUGAAGAAAGCUAACCAGAUUUUCAUAAAAGAGAAGAUAUUCGGUCUUGCAAUGGACCUUGCUGACGACCGUAAGUAUAAAGAGGGAGAUGUUGUUGAAGCGGCACAUUCAGUUGUUCUUUUCUGCUUUGCCAAUAGCACAACGAAUAACACCCAUGAGACUUUUGCUUAUGUGAGAUUACUCUUGGGACAAUUUCCUUCCAGACUUUCUUCGCACCAACUCAAUAUUGCUAUCGAAACAUUGGGUAAGAAGCUAUUAUCGAACCCUGUUCAGUAUCUUGAUGAAGGGUACAAGGAUUCGGCAGAGGAGUUUAUAGCAUUCAUUUAUACAGAAGCAGAAAAAACCAUACCAGGACAGCUGAUAGAUACGAAGCAAGUUAUUCAGAGCGAAAUCAGUGAUCCUGUUGCUGGAAGUAUCGCACCGGAAUAUGAAUUUGCAAAGCGUACUACUGCUGGGACUUCCAGAGAGGCAAUUAUCCAAGCUUUGAUAAACUUGAUUCCAUACUUUCCAUUAACUCAUUUUACUAGUUGGCUCGACAGAAUUUGGGAAUUGGUCAAACUGAGCACUCCAGAAGAAGCUGAGUACUUGAUAACAACUCUCUGGAAAGCACUCAGUGAAAAUAUGGACAUGAACCGAGUAGAACUUGGAGUUAGAUGGUGGUAUGAAAUGAGGGGAAUGCCUGAGACUGUUAAAGAAGUUCCAGCUCGUAAAGAAGCUAGACUUUAA